AUGUCUCUGUUAUCGUCCUCAUCAUCUGAAGGCGGUGGUCCCCAGCACAAGGCUGACGUCCGCGCGAGAGUCUGGGAGCAGCUGCGCAAAGUCGCCUAUCCAGACUCGCGCUUCCACUACGACUUCUCCAGCUUUAUCACCGACUUCCAAGGCUCCGAGGACGCCAACAGGACCCUGCUAGCCCAGCCUUGCUUCCGGGACUCCACCUGCAUCUUCAUCACCCCGGACAACUGCCUCGAAUACCUACGAGAACAGGCUCUCGUGGCCGGCAUCAAGGUCCUGACCACCACCUACGGAAUCCGCAGGGGUUUCAAGCUACUGGACCCCAGCCUCAUUGACCAGUCCCUGCACAAGUAUGCCUCCACUCUGGACGGCAUGGAGAAAGUCGCCAGCCCAGUCUCGCUCGCCGAAAUUGUCGACAGGCGCCUCCAGGUCGGCCUGAUGGUCACGGGCACGGGCGCCAUCAAUGAGCAGGGCAUCCGCUUCGGAAAAGGCCACGGCUUCUUUGACCUCGAGUGGGCCAUGCUGCACAGCCUGCGCGUCGUCGACACCACCACGAUCACCGCCGCCGUCGUCCACGACUGCCAGGUCCUCCGCGGGGAACAGCUCGUGCCCGAGGUGUACGACACGGUGUGCGACCUGGUCGUCACGCCUACGACGGUGUUUUCCCGGUCGACGACGGCCGUGGUAGCGCGGCCGCCAAACCGACUUGUGGCAUCUUGUGGGAUCGGCUCGAGCCGAAUAUGCUGCAGGAUAUUCCCCCCUUGCAGGAAUUGA